CAGCAGCAGCGCCGCACAGUUUUGAGUGGACAGCUCCGCGGUGCUGAAACCUCUUUCUCUCUCUCUUAACACCCGUAGGCUUUCACUGAGGAGCGGUGGCCAUGGAGGGAUUCUCGUGGAAACUUUUUCUCCUCUCCUGCCUGUUUGCUGCAGAGGGCUCCGCGCAGGACUUUGGACAGACUCAGUUUAUUUGCACGUCAGUUCCCAAAGACGUGGACUUGUGCACCGCGGCGAUGCAGAACAGCGGACCGGCGGAAGACCUGAAGACCACAAUCAUUCAGCUGCGGGAGACCGUGCUGCAGCAGAAGGAGACCAUUGUGAACCAAAAGGAGACAAUCAAGGAGCUAACGUCCAAGCUGAGCCGCUGCGAGAGUCAGAGCCUCCCGGCGGCGGCGGGACCCGGGGGGAAGAGACCGGGGGGCAAGAACACCAUGGGGGAUGUAUCUCGGGGUACCGCAGACACUCUGGCGCAGCUGGGACAGACUUUACAGACGCUCAAACAGAGACUGGAGAAUCUGGAGCAAUACAGCCGAGGAAAUAACAGCGCGCAGGCGAACAGCCUGAAGGAUCUGCUGCAGAACAAGAUAGAUGACAUGGAGAAGCAGGUUCUGUCCCGGGUCAACAUUGAGGAAAGCAAGCCAGGACACAGGAACGAGAGCGACCAGAGGAACAAAGUGGAGACCACGCUCUCCUCUCUGCACGACCGGAUCUCCGACCUAGAGAAAGGCAAAGAGACCAGGCCAGCAGACAGGUUUCAGCUCACCUUCCCUCUUAGAACCAACUACAUGUAUGCCAAAGCCAAGAGGACUCUCCCAGAGAUGUACUCCUUUAGCGUGUGUCUGUGGAUCAAGUCCAGCGCCUCACCUGGCCUGGGGACGCCCUUUUCCUACGCGGUUCCAGGCCAAGCCAACGAGCUGGUGCUGAUCGAGUGGGGGAACAAUCCCAUGGAGUUCCUUAUCAACGACAAGGUUGCAAAACUGCCUUUCAACAUCAACGAUGGAAAAUGGCAUCACCUCUGCAUCACGUGGACCAUUCGCGACGGGAUAUGGGAGGCCUUCCAGGAUGGAGUGAAGCAGGGGCAUGGAGAGAAUCUGGCACCGUAUCACCCAAUCAAAGCAGAUGGAGUGCUGGUUCUGGGACAAGAGCAGGACUCGCUGGGUGGAGGCUUUGAUGCAACACAAGCAUAUGUUGGUGAACUCGCACACUUAAACAUCUGGAACAGGAAACUCUCAGCCACUGAAAUCGCCAACUUGGCAAAUUGCAACAGCAAAGCCUUUGUCGGUAAUGUCUUCUCCUGGACAGAGAGCAACAUUGAAAUAUUUGGCGGCGCCACCAAAUGGACCUUCGAGCCGUGCAGCUCAAUCAACUGAGUCGCAGCUUCUUGUUUCAGAAAAAAAAGGCCUCCGUGUAUUUCUGAGCUUUUGUCUUUCCUGUCCUCAUUUGACCUUUGUUUAGAGAGUAAUUGGUAAGCUUAAAUCUGGGAUUUAUGUCACUCUUAGGUAUUCCUGUGCAAAAACAGCAAAUCCAAACUUGAGAAGAGGGAGGAAAAAAAGAAAAUCUCAUUCCUCAAAAUUGGUAUCUGAUGUUUGUUUUUUUUCUUGGAUGUUCAGUUGAAAGCACACCUAAGCUUUUCGUUCUGGCUUAUUUUCGUCUUGGACUGGCAGCUGGCAAUCUGCGCCUUAUGUUUCGACGAUUCACAAUCCAAGUGAGGAAUUACGUAAUCAGUCCCAUCAGCCCUCCUUCCCUCCCUGUUUCCUCUGGCAGUGGGAGAUUAUGCUGCCCAUCCAAUUUUUGUCAGUGUUUGGCGCUGUGAAAUGAUGUCCGAUGCGGUACAGCUCCUAAUGACCCCCAGCCUCCUCUUCCUCGGCCCUCCAUCACUUAGCCCACCACCCAAACACUCCCACCCUACUGCCUCCCAACCCUCACACCCACUCCACCCUCCGGAACUUGCACUGUGACUGACAAAGAGGACACUGCAAAGGAGGAAGGACACUGCAAAAAGUCAGGCUGCGGGUAAAAGUCGAUUUGUAAUCAUUGUUUGCUUCAAUUUUUUCCCUGUAAGAAUGUCGUGAACUUGCCAACAUUGCUACAAAGCCUGGGUGCCUUGGGCUGGUACAAAUAUUCAGCACAUUUGGUAUGUUUUCAGUUGCAAAUUCAGUGUUUACUAGUUUGUGUUUUUCCUUUAUUUUUUUGUUUGUUUCUUGAGCUGGGUUAAGUUUCUUGUUCUCUCUCGUUGGUAAAUGUGAUUUACUUACAGUUUGUUAUCUGACAUGAUGUGUUUUGGCAGGUGUUUGUACUACUCUGUAUUAGGAAUGUUACAGUGUCUGUAUAGUAACAGCAUGACUGAAAGAGUGCUGUGAAAGCAUUGUUGAAAUCUGCUUUACUAUCCUCUCUGGGUCUGGGUUUUUUACUGUAUUGUUAUAUGCUCCAAGCAUGGCAAAACUGACAGAUGAAAAAUUUAAUUUUUGUAAUAAAAUUGUGAUACUAAAUGUCA